AUGGAAGCAGCAGCUCCAGCUCGUGUAGCUGAGACGGCUCGCGCCGUGCAAACGGAGCCCGGCAGCAAGCAGAGCCAGAGCCAGGGCAAAUCGCUGGAGUGGCAGCUGCGCAAGUACCUCCUGCUGCUCGCCAUCCUCGUGGCGACGGUGACCUACAUCGCUGGGCUCGACCCACCGGGGGGAGUGUGGCUGGAGACCAAGGACGGCCACCUCACCGGCGACCCCAUCCUGCCGGACACCCGGCGCCUCCGCUACGACCUGUUCUACUACUUCAACGCGACGGCGUUCGUGGCGUCGCUGGUGCUCAUCGUCCUCCUCCUCUCGCUCCGAGUGGACGGGUCCCGGCUGAGGGCGGUGCGCGGGGUCAUGGUGGUCGACCUGCUGUGCCUCAUGGUGGCCUAUGUCGCCGGGAGUUGCCGGGGUCGGCUCACCACCAUCUUCGCCUCGCUGCUGUCGGCGGCCAUCUUCGCCUACACCGUGGUCUACGCACUGGUGGCUCGAAAUUCCCCCAAUAACAAUGGCAAGCUCUGGCCCAAAGAACGGGGCAAGGUGUUGAUGCUGCUUGCCAUAUUCAUGGUGACGAUCACGUACACGGCGGGGCUGAGCCCUCCGGGCGGCACCUGGGAGCACGCCGGCGAGGGCGGCGACCACCGGGCCGGCGACCCCGUCCUGCUGGAGGGCCACCACUGGCGCUUCGUGGCCUUCUUCGUCUUCAACAAGGUUGCUCUCGUCGCGUCGCUCGCCGUCAUCACGAUGCUCCUGAGCACCAGGCUGGGUAGCAACGGCAGUGGGCUGUCGGCGCUGAACGUGGCCGUCGCCCUGGCUCUGCUCGGUCUCAUGGGCGCUUACGCGUCCGGCAGCUGCAGGGAGACGGCGAGCACCGUCUACAACCUCUGCCUGGUCGGCGCCGUCCUCGUGUACAUUUCUUGCCUCGCCGUGAUCAAGAAUGCUUCCAAGAGACGCCGCCGCUCCUCCCCGUCUCCGGCGGCAGCCGCUGUAGAGGGUGAACCACAACCAUUGGCGCACGGUUGCUGCGAAGGAACGACGACGACGGGAGGAUCGCGUCCGGCUCCGGCGUCUCAGGACAGCGAGCACAACACGGAUCCGAUUGAGAAGGCGCGCUCGCUGAUACUUCUGCUGGCCACUCUCACUGCCACCGUGACGUACCAGGCUGGCCUAGAUCCUCCCGGUGGAGUCUGGAGGGACGGCGACAAUGGCCACAACGGCGGCGGCCUCAUACUCCCGGCGACCCACGCCAAGAGGUACAAGGUGUUCUUCUACUGCAACUCCGCCGCCUUCGUGGCAUCCACCAUCGUCAUCGUCAUGGUGCAGAGCAGGAAUCUGAUCAGUCGGCACGCGCUCGAGGCAGCCGUGAUCCUAGACCUCUUCGGUCUGAUGGGCGCAUACGCCGCCGGCAGCUGCCGGGACGUGCACACCUCCAUCUAUGUCUUCGUCCUGCCUGCUGCCAUCGUUGUAUUGGUGGUGGUAAUCUACGUUAUGGUUAGCAAGCUUCAAAGUUCAGGGAAAGACAAUGGUAUGCUCAAAGAAGAGAGAAGGAAACUGGAGAAGAAGAGAAAAUUGCUGCUGCUUCUCGCAAUUCUAGCCAUCACCAUCACCUACCAAGCUGGGUUGACUCCACCAGGUGGCUUCUGGAUCGAGCACACCGAUGAAGAGCACCACUACGGUGACUCGAUUCUCGCCGACAACUAUCCUCUACGGUACAAGGCGUUCUUCUACUGCAAUGCAACGAGCUUCAUGGCGUCCGUCGUUGCCAUAGUUUUCCUGGUGAGCCGGAACCUCUCCGACAUCGCCCAAAGCUACUGCAAGGCACUCUAUGUCUGCAUGGCUGCUGGCUUGGUCGGAUUGAUGGGUGCCUACGCCGCUGGAACCACCCGAAAGUUGAGGACGUUCAUCUAUGUCUUCGCCUUGGUCGGUGCGGCGCUCGUUUUUGCCGCUCUGCACAUUCGUUUUCUCCACAAAUUGCUCAUGGGCUGCUUUUCUUCAAGCAAGAAGAAGAUUAGUAGAUCAGCUGAUAGAGGGCAUAAGAGUAUGGGUGCGGCAGUAAAUGAGCACACUAUUAAUCAUGACGAGGUCACCGACGAGUACAAAGAGAAGUACAAGAUGCGCAAGUAUCUUAUGCUACUGGGGAUUCUCGCGGCGAGUGUCGCAUACCAAGCCGGACUGGUGCCACCCGGGAGCGUGUGGCCGGCGAACGGCGAAGGGCACGUAGCCGGCAACCCCAUCCUGAACGACAUCGACGGUCGCCGGUACCGUGUCUUCUUCUACAGCAACUCCACCUCCUUCGCGGCAUCCGUCGUCGUCAUCGUGCUCCUCCUGCAGGAGACCUGGAUCCUGCCGGAGCUCAACGACCCCGACCGCUUUGGGCCGAUGCACAUGGUGGUCGUGCUCAACCUGCUUGGCCUCCUGGUGGCCUACGCGGCGGGCAGCUGCAGGGACUGGGGCACCUCCGGCUACGUCGUCGCCAUGGCCGUCAUGGUGCUGGCCUACGUCGUCGUCUACGUGUUCCUGUCUCUCCGUGACAAAAAAGGAGGGCAGGAGGAACGAGGCAGCGCGAUGUCGCAGCCGUCAGGAUCGGACGGUGGAGGUAGCUCCACCUCGCGGCCAUCAGGAUCAGCUGAUAACGUUUGA